CAGCAACAGCCGGCGCAAGACAGUCUAAUACAUUUCAGGGCCUGUCAUUGAUGAUAAAAAUGUCAGUCUCGCAUUUCGGCCCAUGAACAGACCCUAUUCUCCUUCCUUUCCUCCAUCAACAUGAGACUCACCGGCAGUGGGGUCCCGGUGUAUACCGUUUCUGGCUCUUCCACGUCCAGAAACCUACCAGACUGGCUGUCGUCAAAAGAGAAACGGAAAAAGGACCCCGAGUAUGCCAAUCGUGUCGAGUUACUACAAGACUUCGAGUUUGAAGAAGCCAGCCAAUGCGUUCGGGUGAGCGAGGAUGGAGAUUGGGUUAUGAGUACUGGCACCUACAAACCACAGAUACACACUCACUAUCUACCUAACCUCGCCCUCUCCUUUGCUCGACAUACAGACACCCUCAACAAAACCUUCCUCUUCCUCUCCUCCGACUACUCCAAAACUGCACAUCUCCAAGAAGAUCGAUCUAUUGAAUUCCACACUCCAGGCGGCUGUCAUGAUGUGCUACGGAUACCUCGCUAUGGUCGUGACCUGGCUUAUGAUAAGAGAAAUUGUGAGUUGUUAGUGCCGGCCGUUGGAGUCAAUAGCGAUGGGUUGGGAGAAGUAUACAGAAUCAGCCUCGAAGAAGGACGCUUCAUGCGGCCAUUUGAAGUGGACGUUGGGGGUGAUGACAUGACCUCGUCAGGAGCAGGUGCUCUACAGGGUGGCAUCAACACUGGCAGUGUUAAUACUGCAGCAGUAGCGGAAGGAAGCCACAACCUUUUGGCUUUUGGCACAUCGUUGGGUACAGUCGAGUACUGGGACACUAGGUCUAGGGCUCGUGUCGCUACUCUCGCCAUGCCAUCUGAUCAUGACGGUCGACCGGGAGUGACAGCCUUGGACUUUCAUCGUUCUGGAAUCAGCACAGCAGUUGGAACAUCUUCCGGUCUCAUCUACCUAUACGACUUACGGUCGCCGGUUCCUACUCUGAAGAAGGAUCAGGGCUACGGGUAUCCAAUCCAAUAUCUCGAAUACUUGACGCCAUCCACCACAACACGAGCAUCCACAUCCGAGCCCAAGAUCGCAUCCGCAGAUAAAAGGAUAUUGAAACUUUGGGACGAACGAGAUGGUACGCCGUGGACAUCUGUGGAGCCUGCAGUUGACAUCAACUGCGUUGCCUGGUGCAAAGACAGUGGCAUGUUCCUGACGGCGAAUGAAGGACGACAGCAGCAUGCUUUUUUCAUUCCUCAACUUGGCCCAGCACCGAGAUGGUGUUCAUUCUUGGACAAUAUUGUGGAAGAAAUGGCCGACGAUCCUAACGACCCCUUGGCGUUCUCGAGGUCCAAGGUGGGCGAAGUUUACGACAACUUCAAGUUCCUCACACUACCACAACUCCGGAUGCUGAACAUGGACCACCUUGUAGGCAAGACCAACCUCCUGCGGCCAUAUAUGCAUGGUUUCUUUGUUGCUCAAGGCCUCUAUGAAGAGGCACGACUAAUUGCAAACCCUACGAGCUACGAGGAGGAGCGAGAGAAGCGAGUGCAGGCUAAGAUUGACAAGGAGCGGGAAAGCAGAAUCCGCGGAAAGAAGAAAUCGACCGCCAAGGUCAAUCGGAAGAUGGCGGAACGAAUCAUGGAGCGCGAGCAAAAGAAUGAACGCCGGCGGGCACAAAGAAUAUUGGCCCAGGGCGGAGACGAUCAGGCUGUGGAGGAUGCGGCCGAACCAGAAGAACCCGAAGAAGUCGAAGACAAAGGCUUACUCGGCGAUUCUCGGUUCUCGAGGUUGUUCCAGGAUGAAGACUUUGCCGUCGACGAAACAUCUCGUGAAUUCCAACAACUCAAUCCAAGUACCAAGGUGGCGCCUUUGUCCAAUCUGGACAGAGAAAAGGGCCUCACCGCUGUGGAACAAGAAGCUCUUGAUGAAGUACCUCCUUCAAGCGACGAAUAUGGUAGUGACGGCGAUGAUGUGCCGGCCAAAUACCGGACCAAGGAAAGAAUCUCCACAGCGGACUACAAGCGUCGGCCCAAGAAGCAAAGUCAAGGCAGAGACAACAUGCAAAUGCGGGUGAGUUCGUCAAAGAACUCCAGACCUGGCGCUCGUAGCAAGGGCGAUCGAUCGUUUGGCUCGCGUGCCGAAAACAUGCAGCCUGUCCAAAGAACCAAACGCAAUGGCUUUUCGGGGAAUGUUAUGGGGGAACAAACCAUCACUUUUGAGCCUUCGCGGGGUAAGAACAAGCAGCAAACGUUUGACUCGGGCGAUGGAUAUGGAAGCCAGCGAUCAAAAGAUCGUCGAAGUGCAUCAAACAAUACCUUUAGGAAGAUGUGAGAGGAGAAGAAUAAGCAUGCAGAAU